UUUAAAUUAAUAAAUAAUUCUGCUGAGUGUAAUUCUCUAAGACUUUAAAAACAAAGAUACAUAUAAUAAAAAAUGAAACAACUGGAGACUAUGGCUCAACAACUAAAAUAGCAACAAGUGUAUAAUGUAAUAUUUCUUGGUAUUUAUAAGGAUGGUUAAAGAGGUCUGAGAUAAGAUGUGAAUCAGAAAAAUGUUAGUUACGACCAAGUAAGAUAUGUUAUAGAUAAUGAAGUGUUAGAUGCUUUGAUAUUACUUGAUAUUAUUUGAUAAAGUAGAUCACAAGUGUUUCAAGGGGAUCAAGACAGAAUUCCUUGGAUAACUUUAUGAUCCAUAUGUUUAAUCAAAAACCAUGACAUUACAAGUCAGCUCAUGACAGUAUAUAUAUAUAUAAAGAAAAUGGAUCCAAGAAAAAAAAACUUUAUAGUCUAUUUGACUUUUUGUUUUCAUAUGGUCUAUAAAUAUAGUAUACUUUUAGUAGUAACGUACUUAGUUACUAGUAUAUUUGCUUAUAGAAUACCUAAUUAUGGUACACAACAACUAAGAUCAACUAACCAAAGUUUGAAGUCGUUAUUCACUAAACGAAGAGAAAAUUAUGUUUGUUCUAAAGAUAAUAAUCCUUCUUUAAUGUUGACACACUUUUCUGCUGUCAUAUUUGGUGAUUUCGAAACUUAUGGUGGACAAGAUAUUCUUGGACCUUUAGCUGUACAAGGAAAAUUCAAAGCUAACGCCUAUAUGGUGAAUGCUAAUGGAAAUGUCGAUUGUUCUAACAAAAACGAUAUCAAUUCCUACGGUCUUGUUGUUGGUGGCUCUGUUGAUGCCAAUGAGGUUCGUGUUCGUGGUAAUAUGAUUGUCCCUGAAGGUACUACAGGUCUUCAAGAAACUAUGGGUUCUUGUAGUAUUAAUUAUGGUACUGGUCUAUAUGAUUUUGAUCAAGCUCGUUCAAAUGCUAUCAGUGCAUCAAAAAUUUUGGCAAAUAUGAGUCCUAAUUUAUAUUUGGAUUCUAAUGGAAGACUUAAUUCAAUUGGAAGCGCUACUAACGGUUUUAAUGUUAUCACAUUCAACUCAUGUAAUGGUGGUAACUGUAAUCUUUAUCCUGGGAAAAUGUCUGACCCCAAUGCCAUUCUUAAAGGUAUUGGUAACUGGAAUGGACCUCAAGGAAUGUCAUGGCCAAGAUCUGGUACUCUUGUUCUUAAUAUUCCUGUUGAUGCUGACUCAACCUUUACCCUUAUUGGUAAUCUUCCUACUCAAGGAAUGGACCCAUGUCAAACUAUUUUCAACUUCUAUCCAGCUGAUUCUAAUGGUAGAUAUAGCUCUGGACAUUUUACUUUAAAACGUAAUACCGGCAGUAAUUUUGGUGGUUUUACAUUAGCUCCUGAAGCUUCCAUUGUUGAUGGUUCAACUGGCGCAUUUUCUGGUACUGUUAUCGGCGCACAUUAUACUUGGGGCGGCAGUGGUAUUGAAAUUCACAAUUAUCAAGCUGCAGGAGGCAGCUGCCAAAAUUUUAGAGGAUGCUUACCCAUUUCUAACGAUAAUUCCAAACAAAAGGAAAAACCAAAAACAACUACUACCACAAUUGUAACUACCACUGCUACCACUGAUAGUGCAAUUACAACUGAAGCUUCUACUCACCACCACCAUCAUCAGUCUACUACCACUGCUACUACUGAAGCUUCUACUCAUCAUCACCAUCAUCAAUCUACAACUACUGCUACUACUGAUAGUGCUGUUACCACUGAAGCUUCCACUCAUCAUCACCAUCAUCAAUCUACAACUACUGCUACCACUGAAGCUUCUACUCAUCAUCACCAUCAUCAGUCUACUACAACUGCUACUACUGAAGCUUCUACUCAUCAUCACCAUCAUCAAUCUACAACUACUGCUACUACUGAUAGUGCUGUUACCACUGAAGCUUCUACUCACCACCACCAUCAUCAAUCUACAACUACUGCUACUACUGAUAGUGCAAUUACAACUGAAGUUUCCACUCACCACCACCAUCAUCAGUCUACUACAACUGCUACUACUGAAGCUUCCACUCACCACCACCAUCAUCAAUCUACAACUACUGCUACUACUGAUAGUGCUGUUACCACUGAAGCUUCCACUCAUCAUCACCAUCAUCAAUCUACAACUACUGCUACCACUGAAGCUUCUACUCAUCAUCACCAUCAUCAGUCUACUACCACUGCUACUACUGAAGCUUCCACUCACCACCACCAUCAUCAAUCUACAACUACUGCUACUACUGAUAGUGCAAUUACAACUGAAGUUUCCACUCACCACCACCAUCAUCAGUCUACAACUACUGCUACUACUGAUAGUGCAAUUACAACUGAAGCUUCCACUCACCACCACCACCAUCAGUCUACCACUACAACUGAAGCUUGUAAUCACCACCAUCAUCAUCACCCUACUGCUACAACUGAAGCUUGUAAUCACCACCAUCAUCAUCACCCUACUGCUACAACUGAAGCUUGUAAUCACCACCAUCAUCAUCACCCUACUGCUACAACUGAAGCUUGUAAUCACCACCAUCAUCAUCACCCUACUGCUACAACUGAAGCUUGUAAUCACCACCAUCAUCAUCACCCUACCACUACAACUGAAGCUUGUAAUCACCACCAUCAUCAUCACCCUACUGCUACAACUGAUAGUGCCACUACAACUGAAGCUUCUAGCCAACACCACCAUCAUCGCCACCAUCAUCACCAACAUUCAUCUUCAGUUGAUACUUCCUCAUGUAUAUCAUCAAAUAAAAAUUGUUCUAAAAAAUGCCACCAUCAACCUAAUAACACAGACACAAAUGCUACUUGUAGAACAACUCAAAAUGCUUCUAAACAUCAUACUAAACCUACAAGAACUUGUCCUGCCGGUUGCGUACAAACAGUUACAGUUACUGAGAAUAUAUAUGUCACUGUUACCGCAUCACCCUAAUUUAUUGUAUAUGCUUAAUAUUCAUUAUUUUAAUACUUAUAAAAAUAUGUAAAUAAGAAAAAAAUAAAAUAAAAAUUGAUCUGUGGCAUAGUAUUAUUAAUUAAUGUUUAUGUGCAUUGGAGAAUAGUUUAUUUGAAAUAAAAUAUUUGUAUAUAAAAACUAUGUUGAUAAAGUUCAUUUUGUUAUUUUUGAUCUAGCUGAAUUAAUUCUUUUUUAUUAAUUGCAAUGAUUAUAGGAACAUCAUUCAAUAAUGAAAAAAAAAAAAAAAAAAAAAAAAAAAGAAAAUAAAAAGUAACAACCAGUAACAUAAAAGAAUAUAGAAAUCAAAAUUGAUUAAUGCUUACCCAAAUGACGUAAAAAAAAAGAAAAGAGAAUAAAGAAGUGGCUUGAGAUCUAAAUGUU